AACAUGACAAAGAGGUAAUGGUCCACCUAAUCUCAUAAUCAGAUACUAAAACAAGUCGGAAUAUUUGUAAUUGUUUGGUCCAAUCUACCCUUGAUGCUUGAGAGUCUUGUGAGUAGUAUAUAUGGAUUUUCCUCUCUCAGAUUUCAGACUAAUAAGAAAACAAAAGAAUGAAGGCCGCUGUGACUUUCUUGCUCCAUUUUGCCUUCAUCUUCAGCACCAUACAAGCAAGAUCAAUCAUUCCACAGCCCCAAGCUCUCAGAUCUUUCAAGGUCAACGAUACCCAGAAUGUAGGAAGUUGUUCUUACUCGGUUUCAAUCAAGACCAGCUGUUCUUCACCCCGAUAUACUCGAGAUCAGAUCAGUAUUGCAUUUGGUGAUGCUUAUGGCUAUCAGGUGUAUGCGCCUAGAAUAGACAAUCCACGUUCGAGGGCAUUCGAGAGUUGCUCCACGGACACAUUUCAGAUUUCGGGGCCAUGCACAUACCAGAUUUGUUAUGUGUAUCUCUAUAGGAGUGGAUAUGAUGGGUGGUUAGUUGACACAGUGACAAUCUAUGGUCAUUAUACAAAAGCUGCUACAUUCUAUUACAACGCUUAUAUUCCCAGUGAUAUUUGGUUUGGAUUUAAUCUCUGCCAUGGUGCUUCAGCAUCAUCCACUUCAAGCAUGUAGCAAGAUAUGGAAAUACAGACUUCAGAAGUCAUGUUUUCAGCUUAUCUAGGGCUCUCUGGUUUGUAAUAGUAUUGAGAAAGAAUAUCAAUAAAUUUCUGAAUGACCAGGUCUACUUUUUGUUUUUCUUUGGAUAUCUAAAAUCACCUGUUCUUUUGGUUCAUCAUAAGGGCAAACUCUAAUCAUGAGUCGAAUUCUGAG